GUGCGAAUCUAGUAAUAGUAUAGUAAGUAUCUUUGGAGUUUAGUAUGGGAUCGUGAUUAUGGCUGAUAGCCUGAUAUUGAGAAGUUUUUCUAGAUGAUCAACUACCAUAAGACUUGGAGCAGAUAUAUAUAUUGAGAAACAAGGACAGCUUCAAAUUACAUUGGUAAUUGCAUUUUAUCAUUUUAGAGUAGGCUCUAGACCUUCAAAGUUCAACUCGAAUUGUAUGAUCUCGCGGAUUCGGCUCUGGCCUCUGCUCAGCAGUUAGGUAGGCCAGCGCUGCGCUCGGGCGGACCGGCCCGGGAUUUUUCCCGGUCAGCGGAGAGCAUCGGUGGUAGCAUUUGUCUCAUCCACCAGGGCUAACAUCUAGCCAAACUAGCCAACAAAACAAUUACCUGCAGUUUUUCUACCUUUGAGUUCUCAACACUAAGUGUCUACUGAGGAGACUACUAGGGCGUGAAACAGGCCCAAAACGAACAACAACAACAACAACAGGUCAGCGGAGCCGCGGAGGCAUAUAGACAGGAAUAACCGUCGUUUCUGGGGAUUUAUUUAACAAUUUCUGACAUUGGAAUAUAAUCCCCAUUCACCGAUGAUAGUGUGUUAGUGCAAGCCUGCAUGUGUAAUCAGGUCACCUCCUUUUGAGAUUCUGUGGUGAGUGAUCAAGGCCAAGGCUGAAAUUUUGAUGCAAUGUUCAGGAAAAACUUGAAUUCUCCAUGGAUCAUUUCAUUGAUCAAAAGUAAACAGAUCAGAUGGACAUCCAUCUCGCAGAAGUCAACAAGCUCUAGUGAUAAUGGAAUCCCAGCUGAUGUUGAUAAGAUCCGAAAUAUUGGAAUCCUGGCCCAUAUCGAUGCAGGCAAGACUACCACUACUGAGCGAAUGCUUUAUUACUCAGGCACAACAAGAUAUUUAGGAGAUGUUGAUGAUGGCGAUACAGUUACAGAUUACAUGCCACAGGAGAGAGAUCGAGGGAUCACCAUCACAUCGGCAGCAGUAACAUUCCCCUGGAAGGACCACAGAAUAAAUCUCAUAGAUACACCUGGUCAUGUAGAUUUCACCAUGGAGGUUGAACGAUGUCUGAGGGUAUUGGACGGUGCUGUAGCUGUAUUAGAUGCAUCUGCUGGAGUUGAGGCUCAAACUUUGACAGUGUGGGAUCAGGCCAACCACCACGGCAUACCGAGGAUAGGAUUCUUGAACAAGAUGGACAAACCUGCCGCCAAUGUAGAUAUGUGCCUAAAAUCCAUCAGGGAUAAACUAAACACUACACCAUUGCUUCUACAGCUACCAGUCAUGGAGUCGAAAGUAUUAGUAGGAGUAAUCAAUCUUGUUUCAAUGGAAACCGUCACAUGGCCUGCUCCAAGUAAAGGUAUUGAUGAUGGGUCCCGAUUGAUUCAUUGUCCUUUGUCAGAAAGCCAGGACACCGGUAUAAUAAAUCAAGCUAAUGAUGCUAGGGUGGACCUAGUAGAACAGGUAGCAGAUUUAAAUGAUGAGUUUGCAGACAAAAUUCUCAGUAGCCCCAGCUUCAAUCCUCUUCAUAUUUCAUCACAAGAUCUUAUGAGAGCAAUAAGGAAUGUCACAUUUCAUCAGAGGGGUUUACCGAUCCUUUGCGGCAGCUCAUUGAAGAAUAAAGGAGUUCAGCUACUGAUGGAUGCUGUAAACAACUAUCUGCCAAGUCCUCUCUUUAACAAGGACCCCCUUGUGGAGGUUUACGGCAUAGAUUUGUGUGCAUAUGCCUUCAAGAUAAUCCAUGAUAAACAGCGGGGGCCUCUUAUAUUCCUUAGAGUCUACUCUGGAAUACUUAAACCACAAUCGGCCAUUUAUAAUGCCAGCAGGAACUGCACUGAAAGAGUGAGUCGAUUGCUGUAUGUAAUGGCAGACAGCUAUCAAGAGGUUACUAGUGUACCAGCAGGAAAUAUAGCCAUAGCCGUUGGUCUUAAACAGACAGUGACUGGUGAUACCAUAGUAGCAUCCAAAGCAGCGUACAAUAUAGCCAAGAAGAAGCAUUCCCAUCAGGCGCCCCUCCUAGAGCCUAUCAAGAUACCAGAACCCGUGUUCUUCUGUACCAUCGAACCACCUUCACAAGCCUACCAAGCAGAUCUUGAGAGAGCCUUAGAACGCUUACAUCGAGAAGAUCCUAGUUUACAAGUAAAGACGGAUGAUGAUACCGGUCAGCUGAUGUUAUCUGGCAUGGGGGAGCUACAUCUUGACAUCAUUCAGGAUAGAAUACGCAAGGAAUACAAGAUUGAUGUGGAAUUAGGCCCUUUACAAAUCAGCUACAGAGAGACAAUAUCUGGAACAGCUACUGCUUCAACGACUUUAGACAAGGUUAUCGGUGAUAAGCAUCACUUAGCCCGAGUGACUGUGUCUGUAGAGCCUAUGGAUGAUCAUAAUAAACCUGUCCAUGUUACCGUACUUGACAGCGACGGCAAGAAAGAUGAUGAGAUGCAAGAAGCCGUCAAAGAUGGCGCCCUUUCAGCUUGUAGACAAGGUCCCCUGUUAGGCUUCCAAGUUCUUGGUGUAGCUGUAACCGUUGACAAGUAUUCAGUAAUCCCAGGUACAUCUCCUACCAUGUUAGCAGCAUGCGUGGCUCAGGCUACCCAUAAUGCUUUGCAGCAAGCUACGGCAAGUCUUCUUGAGCCCAUCAUGAAUAUGGAGGUAAAAAAAGAAAGAAAAAAAAUUGUUGAUGGAUGGAUGACAUAUGAAGAUAAACUUAAGACCUGGGUCUUGUAA